CAAACGGGAAGUGAGCUCGUUGUUCUGCACUGUCUGGCUGCGGAGCGGGACGCUCGCGGACCAAAACAACUCUUCCUCCUCCUCUCCCUCUUCUUCCUCCUCGCGGACCAUGGACGGGUGCCAGCGUUUACCUUGUCUCUUAGCCGCUCUGCGAACAUGAGCACCGUCAACCUGUCCACAGUGGAUGGCACUGAUAGGCUGUGUGUUUCUGAGCGUGCUCAGUGCAUCCCGUCCCGGGUCCUUCACCUGCGUCAGCUUCCCCUCGACGUCUCUGAACAGGAAGUGCUCGCUCUGGCACUUCCCUUUGGCCGAGUCACUAAACUGAUCACGUUGAAGACCAAAAACCAGGCGUUUUUAGAGAUGGCCUCUGAGGAAGCGGCUGUUACUAUGGUGAACUACUACACGUCGGCCACGCCCACUGUCAGGAACCAGCCAGUCUUCAUUCAGUACUCCAACCACCGCGAGCUCAAGACUGAUAAUCUGGCCAAUCAGAGAGCUCAGGCGGCUCUGCAGGCAAUCAGUGCAGCAGCAGUGCAUUCUGGGAGCAUGGCGUCAGGAGGGAAUGGGCGGGGCUUAAUCCCAGGUCAGAGUCCCGUCCUGAGGAUCAUCGUUGAGAAUUUAUUUUACCCGGUCACGCUGGAGGUUCUGCAGCAGAUCUUCAGUAAAUAUGGCACCGUGCUGAAGAUCAUCACCUUCACCAGAAACAACCAGUUCCAGGCUCUGCUGCAGUUCAGUGACGCCGUGCACGCUCAGCACGCCAAGGCUGCACUGGACGGUCAGAACAUCUACAACAGCUGCUGCACGCUGAGGAUCGACUUCUCCAAACUGAGCAUGCUCAACGUCAAGUACAACAACGACAAGAGCCGCGACUUCACCAGAGGAGACCUCCCCACCGGCGAGCUGGAGCCCGCCGCCUUCGGUGUAGCUCUCCCUCCUUAUGGAGCGGCAGCGUUCCCGCCCACCUUCCACCAGCACACAGGUCUGUCAAUGGCGGCUGUUCCCGGCUCGUUGGUGUCUCCCCCUCGUAUGUCGCUGCAGAUGGCGCCCCCUGCUGUCCACUCAGUGCUGCUGGUGUCUAACCUGAACCCAGAGAGCGUCUCUCCACACUGCCUCUUCAUCCUGUUUGGUGUUUACGGGGACGUUCAGAGAGUGAAGAUUCUCUUCAAUAAAAAAGAAAACGCUCUCGUCCAGAUGAGUGACGCCACUCAGGCUCAGCUAGCGAUGAGUCACCUGAACGGCCAGCGUCUCCAUGGUAACGUGAUCCGGGUGACGUUGUCCAAGCACCCGGUGGUUCAGCUGCCUCGCGGCGGCGCAGGGCAAGAGGAGCAGUCGCUAACUCGGGACUUCUCAGGCUCCGCCCUCCACCGCUUCAAAAAACCCGGAUCCAAGAACUUUAACAACAUCUUUCCCCCAUCUGCGACGUUGCAUCUCUCUAACAUCCCCUCCUCAGUGAGUGAGGAAGCGUUGAAGGAUUUAUUUUCCUCCAGUGGAUUCACCGUCAAAGCCUUCAAGUUUUUCCAGAAAGACAGGAAGAUGGCGCUGAUGCAGCUUGCGUCGGUGGAGGAAGCCAUCGAAGCGCUGAUAGUUCUGCAUGACCACCAGCUGGACCACAACCAGCACCUCCGCGUCUCCUUCUCCAAGUCCACCAUCUGACCUUUGACCACUUUCAGCUUUUAGCCUGUUACCUGCACAUCAGUUAGCCUGUAGCUACAUACAAGGUCAUUUGUCUGUGUCGUCAUGAUUUGACAUGGAUUCCGAUAAUUAACAUUGACGAACGCUAAACCACGUUCUGAGUUUGAGGUCGACUUUUCUUAUGUUUCUUUGCAAAUGAACCUCGGAGGUAAAUCUUUUCUUCUUUUUUUUUUAAAUAUAUAAACACUUAAAAAUAUAAACACUAAGUAGUGUGCAGGCUAAAAGGCUAAAGGUAACACGCUAAAAGCUAAGUAACAUCACAGCUAAUGGUCUGAUAGCUGGUUAGCAUCAGUGCUGAACUUCGCUGGCCCUGUGAUUGACUGACCUUUUACCCUCGACCCUGUUAUCUGACCUUUGGAGCUGACGGACCAAUCAGACUGUAGGGAUUCUGAUUGGUCCAUUGUCAGAACAUUUGGACCAGUGGUUGAGCUCCAACACUCCAACGAUCUGUGCCUACAAACACUCUGACAUCAUGGUGACGCAUGACGUCACCAGGGGUCGUCGCCGUGGUUACAGCGGUUACAGAGCACAUUCCUGAGUAAACCGAGCAGCAAUGAAUUUUGGGUAGUGGGGUUGAUGUGGUGCAGGGAAUAAAAAAAUUAAUAAAUCAGGAAGCGUUUUUUUAAAUAUAUAUAAAAAAAAAAGAAAUGUCAAAGUAAAAGCCCCACAACAGUAAAUAUGGUUUUAUUUGUUUAUUUAGCGUGGUAAACAAAAACUUGCUGCCGUAGUAACGGAACUUAUUUAUUUAGCUUAGUUUCCAAUGUAACUUUCUCUUUUUAGUUUUCUCAUUCAAAAUCGUUUACGGUUUUAAUUCCAACGUUGUCGUCAGCGCGCGCCGUUUGCUUGUGCGUUCUUUGAUGACGAUUUUGUUUGUUUGUUUGGUGCAACCUCAAAACUUCUUCUGUGCCUUAUUUCUCUCAAUUAUUCCGCUGGGUUUACGUUUAGGUUUUAGUUUAUGUGUUGAUCGGACUUGCUAUUGUCGGUUUAUAUUAUUGGGGUUUUUAAUCAUGAAUGUUUGUAUAGGUAAAGCUUUGUUGUACCGCCCACCUGUCGUACCUGCGUGUGUGUUUAGAUAUAUAUAAUAUAUAUAUAUAUAUACAGCAUAUGUGUGUGUGUGUGCGUAUGUAUCUAUAUGUGUGGGUGUGUCACUCUGAGCUGUGACUGGUUGAUUCUCAAAUGUCCAUCCCGAUUUUUUUUUCUAUUAAAAGUAAUUUAAGUCAAAUUCAGCUCUUUUUAUAUCCCGUCAUCGCUGCGGUUAAAAAAACAGGAAACAAGCCAGAACGAACAGGAAGCUGCCGACGCCCACUUUGCCUUCUGACUUUACCUUCCUCCAGAAGUAGGCGUAUGUUUGUAGUUUAAAGUUUUUUUUGUUUUUUGUAUGUACUCCGCUUCAUGUUACAUAAAUUCUUGUGAAGAUAGAACAGUUUAGAAAAUUUCGGAUCAUUGAAUCUUUAAAAAAAGAAAAAAAAUUGGGGGCGUAAACCAAAGUUUAUUUGCCUUUCAAUUGGACCAACUUAUUUCCAUAUGAUGACAUCACUUCCUGUUUAAAUGGCUUUCCAAACAAGUUACUAUUAUAUGAUCACACUUUUUAUUUUUUACAUUGCAAAUUUUGAUUCUCUUGAAGGCAACAUGUUUUUGUUUAUCAGAACUGUGACAUAUUCUCUACAUGUGGGAUUUUCUUUUUUACUGAAUUAAACACUAAUGUAAAUUA